AUUAUCAAAAUAGUUAACGAUCUACCAGUCCAUUUAUACAACCAGUGAGUUCAAUCAGUGUAUUAAUUAAUUGUAUUACUGUAUUGUGUGUUCUCUUGGUGGAAGUGCCAACACCCACAAACAUCUGGAAUGUAUCUUCAUAUUAUUUUUUUAUCAGUCAACAUUGAAUUGCCUUUGAUUUGAAUGGUGCUGUAUAAAUAAAGUUUGGUUGAUUGGUCUGAAAUGUGACAAGAAGCUCCAACUGGAUGCUGCUUUGUCACAAGCCAAAAGUAUUAAUAUUGAUAACAGAACAUUACGUAUAUAUAAAAUCUUAAUCUUAACAGUAACAAAGAACCAAAGCUGCUGGUUAAUGCAGUGCAGUAAAAAGUACAAUAUUUCCAUGAAAUGUACUGAAACAUGUGGCUCAAGUCUUUUUAAUUUUUUUAAUUUUUUUAUUGGGCAAGUCCAGUCAAAUCCUUAAUUAAUGCAAUCAGUCAUGAAAUCCAGAGUCAAGUCACUUGUAUCUCUGUAACAUACACACUUACCUGCUUUUUAUACUGAAAAAGGACAGGAUUGAUAACUGUUUAAUGAUAUUUUGGGGGCAGUUUGACUUGUUUAAAAGGUUUGACAAUAUAUUGAUAGGCAUGACUAAUACCCUGUAAAGUAAAUGUAAUCAGAGAACAAAUAACUUUAUAUAAAGCUUAUUGUUCUGUUAAUUUCUUCACAAUCAAAUAGAAAGUACUCCCUCUCCAUCACUUUUAGUGUGAAACACUGGCAGACAAACAAAAAGAAAACUAAAGUGAAAAAAGUCCAAUGAACACAGACAAGUCAGAUCAAACCACCAGUCUUUCACUUCCAAGUCAUUGUCGAGACUUUACAUCCGCUAUUUUUUCCAGUAGAAUUUCUAAAAUGUAUGAAAACAACAAAAUGAUUCCCCCAAUGAAUGAAUGACAGGUGUAAAGAAGAGAAAUUGGAACACAUGGACGAUGUUUCUGUAUCUUGUGCACUAACGUUUGAAUACUGCCCUUUUCAUUUCAGAGGGCUUGCAGAGCCAGUCGGGACACUUAGAGUGUGUUUGGAUUAAUGAAGUCUGAUCCAUCUCGAGCUGCAGUUGCGACGUCACUCCUCCCCUCCACUCCUCCACUCCUCCACUCCUCCACCCCCGACUCCCAAACGGGACGUCCAGUUGUUUGUGUGCUGCCGCCCCCCUCCUAACAACCUGUGGACUGCCUCAGCUGGGAGAGGACUCACUCACUUUAUUUGUCUCAGGGCCAGUUUGCAGAUAAAAUGGGAUGCUUCGAGUGCUGCAUCAAGUGUCUGGGCGGAGUGCCCUACGCCUCGCUGGUGGCCACCAUCCUCUGCUUCUCAGGCGUGGCGCUGUUCUGCGGCUGCGGCCACGUGGCGCUGACCGGCACCCUGACCAUGCUGGAGAACCACUUCUCCAGGGUCACCACCGACCACGCCACCCUCGCCAUGGUAAUCCAGAUCUUUCAGUACAUCAUCUACGGCAUCGCCUCCUUCUUCUUCGUCUACGCCAUCAUCCUGCUGGCCGAGGGCUUUUACACCACCAGCGCCAUCAAGAAGGAGCUGCAGAGCGACUUCAAGACCACCGUCUGCGGACGCUGCAUCACCGCCUUCUUCAUGUUCCUGACCUACAUCCUCUUCCUGGCCUUCCUUGCCAUCUUUGGCUUCACGGCAAUACCUGUGUUCCUCUUCUUUAACAUGUGGACUACCUGCGCCGCCAUGAGAUCUCCUGACGCCAACAUCACCUCUCCUGACUCCAUCUGCGUGGACGUCAGGCAGUACGGUAUUAUUCCCUGGAACGCCACACCGGGAAAAGCUUGUGGAGCUACACUGGGUGAAAUCUGCGACACCAGCGAGUUCUACCUGUCCUACCACCUCUACAUCGUCGCGCUGGCCGGCGCCGGUGCCACCGUCAUCGCAUUGAUCCACUACCUGAUGAUUUUGGCGGCCAACUGGGCCUACCUGAGGAGCGCCGUCUCCACGCACGAGUACCAGGACAUCAAGACCAAGGACGACCAGGACCUGGAGGCCGAGGCGCGCUCCAAGGAGGGCCAGAACUCCUCCUCCUACUCAUAAGGACAAGCGGUCCUCUCUCCCCGCCACCACCCAUCUUCCUCUCCACACCUCAACCCCGUCCCCCCCCAACCCUGCAACACCCACCCCUCCCUCUGUUCAAAACAAAAACCACCUCGGUCAUGUUUGAUAGUCCUCCAACCUCCUGAUUCUCCAUCCUCUUCCCUUCCACGAUGUUGAUUGAGAGCUGUGGGCUCACACCCGAGGGGAAGAGAAUAGCGGAUCAGGAGCGGCAGCAGGCCCAGACGGAGGCAGACGCUUCAGAACGGGAGAGCUCGUCCCCCCGCCAGGGUCGAGCUCAGGUACGAUACAUCAGUUCAGAAGCUUCUCCUCCCCCGUGCUUUUGGGCGGCGGCUCGUGAACGUGGUCCGGCUGUGAUGGCCUCGCGCCCUGAGCUAGUACAGCCUCGCAACACACAACAACUCCUAACAGCCUAAAAAAAAAAAAAAAACAUUGUUCACUGUCUGCUUCAGCCACAGGGAAGCCAGGCAGCGACCAACUUCCUCUGUUUUUUGGUGUUUUAUAUGCAUAUAUAUAUGAAUAUGAAUAUAUUGUGCGAAUGUGUACGAAUGUUGUUGUUUUUUUUAAUACUCUCUGAAAAGUAUGCCAGGUACUAUUAUGAUCUUUCUUCUUUCUUUAUGUUUUUUGCGCUCAUGGGGUUUUUUUCUCUCCUUUACUUUGUUCUCCAUCUGAGACUUUUUAUCGCUAAUGCUCGAUACGUUGUUGCACUACUACGAAACAUAAAAAACGGAGGGAGAAUGAAAAAAACUUCCCUUGAAAUCACGAAGUUCCCCAUCCCCCCACCCCUCUCUUAUGAUAUACCUAAAAGACUCAACUCAUGUGGUAUCUCAAGGAUUUUUGUGCAUUUACAUGAUCAGAGUUUAUUUAUCCGCCAAGGUAUUAACCGUUCAUUUCAGACCAGAGGUGUAGCAAACCUUCAUUAAAGGAAUAGCUUCGGGAAAAUACUCAUUUGCUUUCUUAUCACAAGGUUAGAUUAGAAGAAUGAUGAAUAUGCUACAUACGUUAGCAUAAAGACAGGAAACGGAUAGUAACAAAAGUAACAAAAUUAAGCUACGAGCAUCUCUAAAGCUUACUAAUUACCACGUGAUAUUUUGUUUGCAUAAUCUGUAUGAAAACCUGAUGCAUUCACUUUCUCAAAUUCACUUAGAUGAAAAGAGCAGCAGCUAGUUAGCUUGGAGAAACCCAAGUGUAAAAAACAAACAAGUUGAGGUGACUGACUUGCUAACGGCUUGGCUAACCAUAACCUCCACAUUAAAACCACAGAUUGCUGAUUCCUCGCUUUUAGCAUGUAAGCUAACCAACCGCUGCUGUUAGCUUGAUAUUUAACAAACGUAUUCAAAAGCAGUGUCUCAUCUCGACUCUCAGCAAGAAGGCAAAUAAGCCUAUUUCCCACAGAUUAUUCCUUUUCAGACUUUUUACAGUUUUUGCUACACUCAUCACCAGCGGCAGCAGAAAUCAAAGAUGAAUCAGUCAAAAAAAAAAAGACACACACACACACACCUCAGGUAUCAAACCAAAUCUGAUUUCAGCCAGUUGUGUUCUUUUUUCCAGAGCUUCACCAUCGAAACACACCAUCCCUCACCGGACUGGUACGCUGUCCCUGUGUGACUUCUACAGUAAAAAACCAGUUCUGUCAUUUUCUAAAACUCCUUUUUCUGAAUGAAGUUCACCUGUAAAUAGCCGAAUCACCCUAAAAAGAUCUCGAUUCACACGUCUCCCCCUGCCCCGAAAGCGAGGGAGAACACAGUCAGUGUUUUUUGCCAUGCUCUUCUAUUCUUCUUUUUUUUUUCCACAGAUAUAUGUAAAUGUACCCUUUGAGAUAUGUGUUUAGCACUCAAAAUACUAGUUCUGCAUUUGAUAUAAUAACUGUAAUGUAACAUCUUCAAUGAUAUGUCGUGAGAGGGAUACAGUGAUAUGAUGGAUUGAGGUGCUUGUGACGUAUACAUUUAAAAAUGUGAAGAAAAUACGGAAAUUGAUUUCUUAAUGUUUUAUCAGUUUUAGGCAGCUGGGUUCUUCUUGUGAUUCAGUAAUUAUGAUUUAAUUGAACUCGUUUGUGCUUUUUUUUUUCUUUUUUUUAGUUUGUUGUCGACGGCCAGCCAAAUGAAGCGACUCGUCAGCGGGACGCUUUCCUUUUUUUCUUUUUUUUUUUCUUUUUUCUUUUUCGACGUCAUGCCUCUCACGUGAGCCACAGAGACUGUUUUGGAUGUUUACACUCUGAAUAUUAAACAAAAAAAACAACAAAAAAACAAAACAAAGUCAGGAAUUUUCAUACAUUAAUUUUAUAAUCAGAUAUUCUUUAAUAAUCAUGAACUAUAUUCUAUAUCGAUCAUCACUGGUUAGUUUACCCUUAAAACGAAGAAGAAACAAAAAAAGAGAAAAAACACUGAAGAGGACACAUUUUUGAAAACUUUGAUGAGAUGAAGCAUGUCAGUAUCGUCCAUGUGUGCAGCUGUCUAUUCUGUAUAAAAAAGGACUAUAUUGCCAUGUGUGUUAUGUUUGAUAAAUAUACGUGCUUUGCCAGCAGGUUGAUGUAAAAGGCAAAACUUCAGUUUCCUAUAAGACGAUGCGUGUCAGGGUGUUGUUGUUUCCUCGUUAUUUGCAUGAAGGAGACAUGACUGUGUCUUUACAGUUUUUCAGGUGAUGUGUAGUCAAAUGUACUGACAACUAUGGUAGGCGGUGUUUGCCCUCCUCCUCCUCCUCCUCCUCCUCCUCCUCUUCCUCCUCCACCACACCUCCCCUCCCCUCCUCCCCUCCCUUCCCUCUCUUUUCUAAAGAAAACUCCAUUGUACUUUGAUGGCAUUGUAGUCCCUGUAGGUGUUUCAUUAUGGUUUUAUUUUUUAAGUUGGAAAUAGUUCUAUGACUCCUAUAUAGUGAUGAUUUUUGUAACCUUCUCUAGUAAAACCGAUAUUUUUUAUUAUCGUGA